AUGGGUUCAUCAAACCGUGAUUAUUCUGAGCGCAUCAAUGUUAUAUGCAUUGAUGUUGGCAAGAUGCUUUCUCAUUAUGAGGAUGCAGUACCUACGAAAACUUCCCCAGGGACCAAGCAUUUUACGCAGCGUCGCAAAUGUAGGCCAUGCUCAACUAAUGUCACUUCUUCAUAUGCCUUUCCGGCGGGCAUAACCACUAAGGCCAUUGAUGCAGAUAGUGCAUCUGCUAAAGGCGGGUGUUGCUUUUGGUCGAUGGGGGCAAGAAAUCCACUUCCUCCACUUUCUCCAGCUGACCCACUAAUUCUAGAUGAUAUCUUGCGGUGUGAUAAUGAUGAGGAUAAAAAAUACCCUAUAUCUACUUCAUCCUAUGGUGCCGAGAAUUAUAGGGUUUCCUGCAGCUUUCCCAAACCUAAAUCUGAGUUUGUGAUCAAAGCGCCAUCCCCAUUAGGCAAAAAACGAAAAAAACACCUGCAUUUUACUCCUCACACUUCUUCACGAUAUAAAUCAUCCAGGUUGGGGCGAUGCAUUGGCGGCGAGUUUCAUUCUGAGGACGUUCCUUCUUACAAUCGGACACCACUCAACACUAACUUCAUAGGCCUUUCAGAGGAGAAGAAUGCGGGGAAAGUUGGAUCCCCCCGUGCGGGUUUGCACAGCCCUUCCGAUGUGCCAAACCCCGCUACGCAACAACUACCACCAUCCACUUUAGGCGGUCCGAAGUCUUUGGGGAAGAUUUUUCUAGAGGCCGCAUCGCACCAGGCGGUGGCUGAGGUGGGCACGGGUAUCACCCCCACGAACAGUUUUGGGCUGACCCUGACGAGAGGCAGCGCGCAUCGUGAUACCGCGGAAGAGCAGGAUUCGGUGGAACACCCUGUGAUGACGAUGCACGAAGGCGUAUCAAGACUCGCAACACAUCUGGUGACCUCCUACCAUCCAUCUCCUUUAGCUGCGGGGGCUCACCACUGGGGCCUACCCGUCUCAGCCGCUAGGCAGGCAUACCCGAAUUCAAAGCACCUGGGUCUUGGUCGAUUAUUGGAUAACAAAAAUCUCAUAACUAAAGGGAUGGCGAAUUCUGAUACAAUUAUCAGAGCACCGAAUUUAAAAAAAAAAUCACCGGCAAGAACUCUGUAG